GUGCAUGAACUGAGGGGUCUUGGUCUCAUUCCCUGGGUGAAGAGCCAGGUCUUUAGGGCUCUUCUAAGUAGCAGUAGAAUAAGGGCCAUGGAUGCUUUAAUAACUUUUAUCAUAUAGAUGUAUAUCAGGGAAUCUGUAUUAGCACAAAUCUUGACAUCUAUAACAUAAUGGUAGAAUAAUUAUUUUUCUAAAUUAUAAUUUGUAAAAUGGCACAAUUUUAUAUGCCCUUUGGCAUUCCUUUCAUGUAAAAAGAAAAACAAACAUUAAGAAUGACACACAAAAAUCUAUAACCUAGAGAAACUUUUUCUAUAGAGAGAAUAUUCUUUCUUAUUUAAGUGCUAAAAAUACAGGGAAGUAGUGAGCAUAAUAUUUUACAAAGAAUACCUACAUUUUGAAACCAUUUUAUUUUAUUUUUAUUUUAUUAAACAUUUUUGUCACUAAACUUACCACAGGGUAAUUCUUCCAUUGAAAACCUUUCCCUAAAUUUGCUUGUCUCUUCCCAUCACAUUAUUAUUAUAUUGCAAUUUCUAUAAAUCCUGAGAGAAGUUGAUUAACAUGCAUACAUUGAUGGUGACAAAUUAACAUAAUGAUAACAUUUAUCAUUACUUUAAUUGUAACAGCAAGAGCACUUAAGACAUAUACCGCUUCAUAGUGCUUUACAGCUCAAUUGUUAUCACUAGUUAGAACAACAUGUAUUGUAUGUAUUAUACUAAAUAGUUGCAGAAAUUUCAGAAAAAAUGGAUGCUAAAAUAUUCUCUGAUAUCAGACCACAUGUCUGAUGGGUGGGUGGGGAAAACUGUGGUUACUUAUUGUUGAAAAUUCCUGAUAGCUACUUUUCCAGUUCAAUAUUGUGGUGAUAUGAUAUACACAUUUAUCACAAAUAAAUUCAAGGUAUUCAAGCAAACUCCACAUCAAUAUGUACAACAAAUUAGGCCAGUUUAGGGAAGCUCCAAAAUAUGCCAGCAAACAUAAGUCUGAUAGUGAUGAUAACAUGUUGGUUCAAUUGAACAACCAUAAAUUGCGGGUUUAAAUUUGAUUUCCAGCAGAUAGCCCAUGUUAGUCUGUUGAAGCAUAUGAAAACCUCAGUGAAUCUGAAAAAAGAGCCAUGCAAUAAAAAGUGGACUACAAUUCAAUAUACCAGAUACAAAAUACAUAGGAAGGAGUUGACCAGAUACAAAAUAUAUUGUAUGAAGUUGUCUGUAAUUCAUGGAAAUUCUGCCAUAAUAAAGUGUCUUGCUGUAAUGAAAUGUCUGAAUAAUCAUCACUGUUUUUUCCAGCAGUGAUUGAAAGGUUCCUAUAUAAGUAUAUUUUAAAUCUGAAUGUUGUAGCUUUCUCAUCGUUUUGCUGUGCUAAUACUGACCAGGAAGCUUUUGACAGUAAAGUCUCAUUUCAUCUGCCCCCCCUUUCUUUCAUUCCUGAGGAGAGGUACUACUUUUAAGUAGGAAAGUAUCCAUCUGCCCGGCAGCGCCUCCAAAAGAGGCUUUUUGGGCGUUAUGAACUUCUCUUUUCGGGAUUCUUGGCCUCUGUGGGAGCAGUCCAGCUUGGAGUCAUUUCUGCAACCGCCACUAAAAUUCAGUCCCGCGGCAAUUGUUUACCAGCUCCCCCUCGAAAGUCGUCACACAAAGCCCUGCUUUUCCGUGGGGCACCACAUGCCGGCGACCAAGAAACCCAUUUCUAGGUCCAAGGGACUUGGGAGUUUAUGACCCAAGAAACCCUCCCACGUCAGUUAAUGGACAUUUGUAUGCGCGUGUACGAGCGCCCGUUUCUUCUCAGAGCCAGAGUUCCCCCUUUCUCUUCUCUACCUGCGUCCCUGCCACCAAACUGGCCACAGGUUUAGAAAAGACCCAUUUCUAGGUCACUAUCACAUGUCAAAGAUUUGGAGACAGUUUAAUUUUCCUGUCCUUGUAAUUUUCAUUUACCAUUCCAGUCCCUUUAGCACAUGGAAUCCUUCACAGAUACUACUGUACAUUGCCGUUCUGGAUGAGUGGAAGGUCACAGUAAUGAAAGGCAGCAAUAGGAAUAAAGAUCACUCAACAGACGGAGAAGGAACUGGAAAACGACCAAAGAGGAAGUGUCUUCAGUGGCAUCCACUACUUGCAAAGAAAAUUCUUGACUUUUCUGAAGAGGAGGAAGAGGAAGAAGACGAGGAAGAUAUUGAAAAGGUCCAGAUUCUGAGUGCUGAUGGUCUUGAUCAUGAUGCUGAUGAAACAGAAGAUGAGGAAUCUUCAGAACAGCGAGCUCGCAGACCAAUGAAUGCAUUCCUUUUGUUCUGCAAACGUCAUCGUUCCCUUGUCCGGCAAGAACAUCCUCGUCUGGACAAUCGUGGUGCUACCAAAAUAUUGGCAGAUUGGUGGUCUCUUCUUGAGCCUAAAGAAAAACAAAAAUACACCGACAUGGCCAAGGAGUAUAAAGAUGCAUUUAUGAAAGCAAAUCCUGGCUAUAAAUGGUGUCCACCUACAAACAAACCUGUGAAAACUCAGUCACCCACAUUAACAAAUCGAAAAAAGCUUUGGGCUUUCCCAUCAGAAGUUACAAAAGAUUUGUCUAGUCCAAAAAAAUUGAUGAAGACAGAAGAAACCCCUCAGCUGAAUUUUGCAAUGGCAGAUCCUACGCAAAUGGGAGGCCUCAGCAUGCUACUGUUAGCUGGAGAACAUGCCUUGACUGCACAAGAAGUUUCUUCAAGUACAUGUCAUUCUGAUUCCCCUAAUUCUACUGAAGGGUGUCUAAAUUCAACAAUGUUACAAUUUGCUGAGAUUUCUUCAAAUCUGUCAAAGGGAACUGUUCCUGAAAAUCCAAAAGAAAGUGAUGAAUCAGCUCUACUUCAGUUCUCAGAGUUGAAGGGUCCUGAGCCAAUCAAGCACUAUAGAAAAUCAGCACUUUUCCAGUUGGCUGAGAUCUCAUCAAGUACAUCCCAUUCAGGUCCUUCUGAAUUAACGAAACAGUGUGGGACAUCAGCAUUGUUUCAGCUGGCAGAGAUGUGCCUUGCAUCAGAGGAAGUAAAAGUGAGAGAACCUGGGAAAGCAAAACCUGAAACAGCCAGGAUUGUCAAAACACUGGAAGCAUCUGAACAGAUGAAAGUUGAAGUUUUGGAGAAAGCAAAAGUAAAAACCGAAAAAUCUCAGAAAAUGAAGAGACAAGAACAAGAAAAGACAAAGGCUGGGGUUUUCGAAGAGGUAACAAGGUGUAUACAUAUUUCAGAUCCAGCUUUGAACAGCAUUACAUUAGUUGGACAUGACAGUGCAACAGCAAAAGUUCCUGCAUGCUGUUCCCAUGAGCUGACAUCAGUAGCUGACAUCAGCACUUUAGGAUUAAACAAACCAGAAAAACUGAAGAAAAAGAAGAAGAAAAAUAAAAUGGACCAACAAGGACUUGAGAAAUGUACUCCUAAAAAGACUUGCAAAAAAAGGCAGUCUUCCGAAUCAGAUAUUGAGAGUGUCAUUUAUACUAUUGAAGCAGUUGCAAAAGGGGACUGGGGGACAGAGAGACUUACAGAAAUGUCCCAUAAGAAAAUUUGCCUUUCUUCUGCAAUGAAGGGCAAUAUUUUGGACACAAAGUCACCAAAGAAGAAAGUAAAGUCAAAAGAAAAAAAAGCACUGAAAGAAAAAUGUUUAGAGACCACCAAAGAAUCAAAGCCUCCUGAUUUUUUUAGCAUUAAAGAUGAUAAGAUUGUACCCUGUGAAGUACCUGAAAACACAACAACAGAUAUUCUAACCCCAACAGAGGACAUAAUAUCACAGAGUUUACCAGAUCAAGUAAAAAUUGAGGACAAUGACUGUAAUAAAAAAGCAGAAAUUUGUGGCUCGAGAAAAUCUGAAAGAGCUUGCAAAGGUGCACUGUACAAAACUCUGGUAUCAGAAGGCAUGCUUACAUCUCUGCGUUCCAAUGUUGAUAGAGGAAAACGAAGCUCAGGAAAAGGUGGCAACUCUGAUCAGGAAGGAUGCUGGAAUGAAGAAACUUGGGCAUUUUCCUUAAGUGGGACAAGUGGGAACAAAAAGUUAAAAAGAAGUAAGCCAAAGGAAGACAUUGUUUUGGGUUUAGCAAAGCUGGAAGAAGAAUUUGAGAAGAAGUUCAACAGCCUUCCUCAAUACAGUCCAAUCACAUUUGAUCGUAAAAAUGCCUCUCUACCAAGAAAAAAGAAGAAAGUUGGCAGUUAUGCUAUAGACCAAACAAAAUCUAACAAAGAGUCUGUGAUAAUACAAGAACCUUUGGUUGGAAGUCAGAAGAGAAAAGCAAGGAAAAGCAAGAUCACACAUCUUGUCCGGACAGCAGAUGGUCGAGUUUCACCAGCAGGGCAAGGUUUGGAAGAGAAACCAAAAGGACAACUGCAGAAUACUCUUCAGAGAACAUUAAAUACAGGGAUGGAAUGCAGUGAGGAAUCCCUGCUAAACAACGAUCUUGCGGAAAAUCAUAGUAUGACAUCAGACAUGCCAUCUGUAUCUGCAUUCUUCAGUUUAGCUGCCUUAGCAGAGGUAGCGGCAAUGGAAAAUGUAGACAGGAAUCAGAGAACAGCACCUCUUCCCUGUGAUGGACAGCCAAAAGAAAUGUCUCAGGCUCCAGUGCUUAUUUCCUGUGCUGACCAGUGAAGCUCUACCCUUUUGUAAAACAUUGUGCUUUACCUAAUAUUCUAGCCUUGUCUUUACCAAUGGAUGGUAGUCAGUCCAUGUGAUGGAGGAACUCAUAGACUGAAAAUGAGUGGUUCAUGUUCAGUGUGGCACAGAUUUCACUUAAAGCUUGUUCCAGGUCCCUUUAGCUUGAGCCUAAAAUGUACUAUGAGAGUGAUGCUAUUUCUCUCUUAUGGAACAGAAAUGAAAUAUCCUGGAACUUUGCUUUCUAGUGACGGUUUUUAAAGUGGUAAAUUCACAGUUACAUGGAGAAAGGAAACUUUACUGUAGCUCACACAGCACCUGUUCUGUCAAAAGUAGUUCAUAUGAAGUCUAGCUACUUUAAGCAAAAGUACAGAGAAAGGAAGGAAGGAAGGAAGGAAGGAAGGAAGGAAGGAAGGAAGGAAGAAAGAAAGAAAGAAAGAAAGAAAGAAAGAAAGAAAGAAAGAAAGAAAGAAAGAAAGAAAGAAAGAACUGAUACACUGCACUAGUUACUAGAUAAUCUUAGUCCUUUUUACAUGAACAUUUAAGUUCUCGGAUGGUUUAUAUAAUAGGUUAUGCCUACAUUUAUAUAUUUAAGAGUGAAUUUAAAAGCCUGUUUGUAGACUCCAAGAACGCAUGGGAGCUGUACCAUUGUUUGAGGUCUAUAUGCGGCCAUAGGGCCAAGAAGUUCUGCACUUUUCUGAAUUUGCCACCAGGGUGAUAGAAUUUUUGGCAAAAAAAUAUUGACAGGCUUUAUUGUGCUUUUUAAAAAAAAUUAAGCAUAGAAUAAUGAAGAUUUACAUUUAAAGCAAAGGUCUGGCAUACAGAUAAGAGCAGUGCUUACAAAUUACUGGUUUGAAUUUCAAGCCUUGAAAAUUUCAUUUAUUUUUGGACAGAAAUUCAGAAUGACUAAGUUUAAAGCAGUGAAAUGGGGAAAAUACUAUUAAUAUAUUGUUCAGAAGUGACCUUAGUACUACUUCACUCUUUUGGGGGGAAAUCUUUUCAGUUGACAUAUACACUGAUGAAUAUAUUUUACAUUUUAUGGACACUGGAAUUGUCAUAAAUACUAUGCACAGUCUGAAUUGGCUUCAUCAGUUUAUGAAGUGCCAGUGGUAAUUUGGGAUGGUAAAGUGCUGAGUAUAGCGUAAGUAGAUGAUGACUGAGGAAUAAUGUUACAGAAUUUAGACCAUCAAACAGACCAUUUUUCAAUUUGUGUUAUCUUUAUUCUGUGUUGCAUCCUUUUCCCAUCUCUACAUCUCUUGCCAGAGCAAGUUCUAGGGGUUAUAUAAUUAUUAUUACUUUAUGUUAUUUCUUAAUUACUUUAUAUAUGCCAGUUUCUUGUCAUUCAAUACAACGUGCAGCAGCAUCUAUACAGAUUCUUUUUAAAAAGACACCCUAAUUGGCUGCAUGAUAUGAAAUCAUUGAUAGGUGGUACUUUAAUUUUUAUUCAAGGUCCCAAGUACAGUAAUUCUGCUGUAACAUUAAGUAGGGGAAUUUGGCAUCUGUGUACACGGUUUUCCAUCUGUCUAGGGAUGCACAAGUGGAAGUCUCCUUCCACAUGUAUACAGACCCUGACUGGAUCAGGGCAACAAUAUUCCUAGCAGCAACAUUUUAUUUUUCAUAAGAAUUUGACAGGAACUUUACACAUUAAUACAGGGUACUUCUUCCACAGCACAAGAAAUUUCCCUAUUUUGAUUUGCAUCAUAGCACAAAGAUUUAACCAAAUGCUAUUGAACAGACCCCAGCAAUAAUUUUCUAUGAGUCUUGUCUCUGGUGGAAUUUUGUGGUAGUGUUUAAUUCAGUGAGACCCUUUUAUAUUAAUUAGGUCUCUAUGAGCGUUUACACAGUGUUAGGCCUUCUUCAUUUGUAUGUGACAAAAUUGUUAGAGAAUAUGGUUUCCCCACUUUUUUAUUUGUAAUUGGAUUUAACAGCCAUACAAAAAGUGAUUCUUAAAACUUGCUUGGCUUAGCCUUUUAUUAUUCUAAUCAGUGCAUGUCUUUUCAGGGUCUGAACCAGGAACAACAAGCAGAUCAUAUACUUUGUAAUAAUUGAUAAUAACAAAAAUUGUCAUUUCAGCCUACAUUAAAAAAAACUCAUUCAAAGCUACAAAUGUUGGAUAAAAAAAAUCAACAGGCAUGAGAAAAUAAAAACUUGUUAGAAAAUUCAGGUAGAAGAAAUGUCCACAUACUGCUAUAACCUGUGGAGCUAUUUUAAUAGUUCAAUUUUGUUAAUGUUUUCUAAAUUAUUUUAACAAAAUAGAAUGCUGCCAUUAUGCCAUACCGUUGAGUAUAUAUUGUGGUAGCUAAAGGAAUAUAUGACCAUGUACUAGCUAUGGCUCAAAUAUGUUAGUAGCUGAAAUCCAAAUAUUUUACGAUGCAGCCUCUUCAUUUUUACCAUGGGUACUAACAUACACAUUCUAUUGAAUCCAUUAGAAUAACUCCAUUUUGCAAAAGUACAUCAUCUGUAUUCCAUUUUAAAUUUCUAUGUUGUUCCUAAAAUAUUCCUUUGUAUGAAUGGUACCUUUAUAAAGACUGCGGAAAAUUAGCUUUUUCUAAGUAAAUUAAUAUCUUAUUACCUUUCUUUCCAAAACUUUGUUGACUAUCCCUUAGACAAGGGACUGAAUAUGGGUCAAUUUACUGAAUACGAGUGUUUUCUGAUGCUAAUAAACUUUUCUGUAGAUAUGCUUAAUUUUUAAGCGAUUAGGCAUCAAGAGUAGCAGAAAUCCUGCAAUGCUUUAUAGUUCAUUAGGAGCACAGCCCACUUGGAAGAUUCUCUGCAGCUAUCCUCAUUGGAAUGUAGGUAUUGCACGGCUUCCAUUCAUUCCAGUGAGGUUCUGCAGAAAAAUAGCCAGAUAAAUUGUGCCCUGUGGUUUCUUUCUUUUGUUGUUGAAUGAUGUCUUAAUUUUAGAGACUUGCUGAAUUUAUUAGAAUGGGGAUCCCUGAUUUCAGAAAGGAAGAACAUUUGUUAGCACAAAAAAUGCGAAACCAACAAUGUAUUGUUAAAUUAGUUUUUUUAUUUUUUAUUGAUUUGUGCAGCUUUUAAAAAAAAGAAAUUUCAUUUCUGUGAUACAUAUUUUCAUAUAUCAGCAAUGUCACUAUCAAACCUAUGUCCAUGAAUCCAUUUUGAGCAAGAAAUGUUGCACCUUAACUAUUUCAAAAAACCAAAAUAUUAUGUUCUCUACUGUUUAUUCCAGUAUGUUGUAUUAUAGUUUAUCAAACCCAUUCUAAUUUAGCGGUUAUCAGUAUUUAUGCAUUUAACAAUAUCCUCUAGCUCUGAACCUGUAUAUGUCUUUUUUCUUUUACAAACAAAAUUUAAAUAAGAUAAACAACAUAUUCUACCCUCCUCUGUGGUCUCUUUCUGAAGAUGAGAUAUUUUCUAAA